AUGACUUCCGUCCGAGGGGUGGCGAGCGUAUUGUGUUGGGCGUCGCUCUGUUUUGGCGCUGUCUUCGACCUCUCGCAAUUGCACUGGACCUUGCGCAACCAGAAUGGCUCCAUCGCCAUUCCCGCAGUCAUUCCAUCUCAAGCCCACCUCGACCUGACGCGAGCAGGAAUCAUUACUGACCCGAUGCUUGGGCUCAACGACUUCACUGAAAGAUGGAUUUUUAUGGACAACUGGACGUAUACUGCAAGUUUGGCACCGAUCCUCAGCGGCCUUAAAUCAUCUCAACAUUCGUCCCAACACUUGCUUGUGUUCCAUGGCCUGGACACCAUCGCCAACAUCACGGUGGCCAAUAAACCCGUCGCAUGGGUUAACAACCAGUUCCGCCAAUACGUCUUCGAUGUCUCCUUCCUCAAUAAUGUCACGGCUGGCAACAUCACAGUGGAUUUCGAAAGUGCAUACUAUUAUGGACGUAACGUCAGCAGCAGGCCAGAUGCGGAAGACAUGCUGGAGUCUUAUUUCACAUUCGAAGUUCCUGCAAGCCGCGAGUAUAUCCGCAAAACUGAUUCCGAUUUUGGAUGGGAUUGGGGUCCCGCGUUUGUGCCAAGCGGGAUAUUCAAACCAGCUUACCUUAUUUCCCUCUCGGACCAACCCAAGUCCAAGAAUCACGAUGACCAAAUCUACUUCGAAGAGACCUCCAUCGACAUCUACAAAGUCGGCCAGAACUUCUCCGUCCGCGCAAACCAACAUGCUGACUGGGUCGUCAAUGUCACGCUGGCCUUACGUUCCGGUCAGAACGUGCGGUCACCGACCAUAUCUUUGUCGCUCCCAGAAGCUCAUCUCCAAUCCCCUGUUUUCCAUGUCUCUGCAAUUCCGCGGACUACCAAUGAAGCGCAUUGGGUCACCGUCCUUUGGCAUAUUCCCGAUAAGGCUGUGAAGAGAUGGUACCCUCACAACCUUGGGACUCCAAAGCUGUAUGACUUGAGCAUAUCUCUGGGGGUUGGUGGGAACCCGAUCACCCGUACGUUGCGCACUGGUUUCCGGACUAUUGAGCUCGUCCAAUCGCCCUAUUCCAAAAAGGAUGUCACUGACCGUGGCAUCACACCUGGCGACCAGUGGCAUUUCGAAGUCAACGGCGAGGAAUUCUACAGUCUUGGAACGAACAUCAUCCCGUUCGAUCCUUUCUACUCAAAAAUUACCACGGAGCAGGUGCGCUGGGUUCUAGAGAGUGCCGUUCUCAGUGGACAAAACAUGGUCCGCAUUUGGGGAGGCGGUAUUUACCAGCCGGAUAACGAGAAAGAUGGCGUCUACGACUUUUAUUCGCUUUGCGACGAGUUGGGCAUCCUUGCCUGGUCCGAGUUUAUAUUUUCCGACAGUGUGUACCCGAUCAACGACUUCAUGCUCGAAUCCAUCGAGCCGGAGGUUCGCCAAAAUGUCCGUCGUGUCAAUCGUCAUCCAAGUAAUGCUCAAUGGGCGGGAGGCAACGAGAUUGAAGGCAUCGUGCUUAUAAUCCAAGCACUCGCAAUCCUUCCCAACGCAUCCGCUUAUCUGGACGAAUAUCUUGCGUUGUUCCAGGAUUUCCUCUAUAAAGUUGCGGUUUCGGAGACGCAUUCGGUCGCAUAUACCGAUUGUUCGACAACCCGAGGUGUUCUGAGCCUGGAACCAUAUCAGUUGCGGCUUACCAAUGCGACGCCUGGAGAAAUAUAUGGGAACACAGAACGUUAUAACUAUGACGCAAGUCAAGCCUUCAACUAUAGUACAUUCCCUGUCUCGCGGUUCGUUAACGAAUUCGGCUUCCACUCAAUGCCCUCGUUCUACGCCUGGGAAACAGUACUCGAAUCUGCGGCGGAUUUUUCUUUCAACUCGACCGUGGUCGCUUCUCGCGACCAUCAUCCGCCCGCUGGGGGCCUCGCAUUCCCGAACCCCAAUGCUAACCAGGGCCAGGCGCAGAUGACUCAAGGUGUUCAGUUGUGGCUUCCUACUCCCUCGACUGCGAACUCCAACCAGACUUUUGCGCAAUGGUGCUGGAGCACUCAGAUAUUCCAGACCAUGGCGAUGACUUCACAAAUCGCAUGGUAUCGACGCGGCUCCGGCCAAGGAGAACGGAAUCUUGGGUCUUUGGUUUGGCAGAUGAACGAUAUCUGGGUUGGUACUAGCUGGAGCGCUAUGGAAUACGAUGGACGGUGGAAGGUCCUACAAUAUGGCAUGACAACAGCUUAUUCCCCUCUCGUUAUCUACCCAUUCUGGACACCUCAAAAUGAAACACUCGAGGUCAUCGUCACUUCCGACCGGUUGGAAACGGUCAAGGGCUCCGCUCAACUGACGUGGUACGAUUGGCACGGCAAGACGCUCAAGUCAAGCACACACAAAUUCGCGACUCCGGCUCUGAACAACUCCCGCAUUCUGACCGCUUCUGGAUUAGCGUCAAUCCUCCCAGCUGGCCAAAAUGCGUCAAACGUGUGGAUGUUGCUGAACAUCACUGCCCAAGUCAACGGCAAGCGUGUUACGAAUGAACAAUAUUUCACUCCUACUUCACUUGCGCAUGCUCCGCUUGUGGACCCGAAAAUCCUCGUUACUUCGGAUAAAAGCCUGACCUUCACGCUUUCGGCUCGGGGCGGCGUUGCGCCGUGGACAUGGCUCGACCACCCAGCUGGCACGGUGGGGUAUUUCCAGGACACGAAAACGGGACUGCCCGCGAAUGGAUUUUAUCUUGUUCCGGGAAUUCCACGAACAGUCAAAUUCAUCAUGAACCAGCAUCUCUCGCGCAACAAAAAUCCCUCCCGAGCCGAUUUCGUGCUGCGGUCGCUCUGGAACAACACUCAUGUUUAA